AUGGCUUCAAAAUUGGUUCGGCGUAGUGAGGAGGAGACAGAAGCAGCUAAAGAUUUGGUAUCUUCUAUAGCUAGCCUUUGUUCUUUGUGUGAAAGUGAUCCGUCCUCUGGUAGUGCUGAAGCUUUGGUCUCAUUAGUGUUAAACUCACCAACCCAGUGUUAUAAACAAGCAGCUGAGGAAUCCAUUAAGCUAUUUCUCUAUCCAAAUAUUAGAUCCAUGCCUAAACUCAUUCGGAAACAUUGUGUGCGGGAGUCGUCCCAUACCAAGGUCCAUACAUCUCUUAGAUUAAGCAUUGAGAAUGAUGUUCAGCUACUAACCUUCUUUUCACGCUACGUGAUAAGGGCAAUCGAGGAUCAUGUUAUAUUGAAGGGUCAAUCACUUCCACUAGAUAUGGAUGAUGAUAUUUUUGAACAACCCUGUUAUUUAGGUGAAAUCCUCUUCCUUGAAAACAUGUACGAUGAUUUGAACUUAGAAUUUAUUCAAUGCCUUGCGGAAGUCAAGGGGAAUGUUUGGUAUGGAAGAUUUUUUGAUCAUACUCCUACGUGGCCUAGUUAUCUAUCUGUUUUGAGAGAGUUGAAGAAAUUUUCUAAAAUUUUCUUAAAUUAUGAAAAAGAUCUUUUAAUUCAAGUAAGCAAGUACCAGUAUCAAAUGGAUAUACUUAUCAAAUUGUCGAAGAGAAGUGAUGAUCUACUGUGGCUUCUUCCAUAUAAGAACUUGAUUAAUCCCAUUUCUAGAGACUAUUUGCUUAUGAAGAUGUUCCCAGGGGUGAAAUUAGAUUUUGAAAAGCAGCAUAAGAUGCUCAUUGACAGGUCGCAGAUAUUGACUGAAUCAUUUAAGCCCCUUUCUCUUGCAACCUCAAAGUCGUUGCGCUGUGGCCUAUCUGUGGAGUUCAGAAAUGAGGAAGCUGUAGGUUAUGGUGUCUUGAGGGAAUGGUUUUUCGUUAUAUGUCAAGAACUGUUUGAUCCAAAAGCGCCUGUGGUUCCUCGGGAACUUAACUAUUUUGCAUUUGCCGGUAGAGUGAUCGCUUUGGCUUUGAUGCAUGAAGUGCAAGUAGGCAUCACAUUUGAUCCUGUGUUUUUCUAUCAAUUGGCUGGAGGGGUGAUUUCCUUGGAAGAUAUUUGA